AAACUUGGGGCGCCUAGAAGUUUAGCGUGAUUGCUGGAAUAAGUGUCGCCACUUGAGGGUGAGGGUGAACCUGAGGGUGUGCUUUUAGAUUCCGACCUCCGGAUUGUCAUUGAUGGUUGGCUGAGUGCGUUUGUCUCGGGAUCGAUCCACUCUUAAUCUGAAGGAUGAGCAUGGAGGGCACGGGGGCCACUACGCUCAAAGGCCGCCAAUGUGCGGCCUUGCGUCAAAUGUUGGGUUUCAACCAACCCGGUGUCCUGGGCCUGAAUGGCCCAGGGGCGAGUGGGGCCCACUCGGCCACGCCCACGUCCGCCCCGGCCUGGAAACUGCUGCUCUUUGACCGGGUGGGCCAGGAUAUCCUAGCGCCCGUUAUGAAUGUCAAGCAACUUCGAGAAGAGGGCGUGACCUUGCAUUUGAACAUCCAUUCCGACCGGGAUCCGGUGCCCGAUGUGCCGGCCAUUUACUUUUGCCAGGCCACGGAUGAGAACCUGCGUCGGAUUGGCGAGGACCUUCGCUUGCAGUUGUAUGGCUCGUACUACUUCAAUUUCAUCUCGCCCAUUUCGCGCCAGAAACUGGAGGAUCUGGCCCAAGCGGCGCUUCAGACCCAGGCUGUCACGCAGAUCCAGAAGGUCUACGAUCAGUAUGUUAACUUCAUCUCCAUGGAGAGCGAAAUGUUCUGUCUACGCCAUCAGAGUAGCUCCGCCCUCUCGUACCACGCCCUGAAUAAAGGCAGCGUCACCGACACCGAAAUGGAAAACAUGCUCUCGCAAAUGGUGGAUGGCCUGUUUGCGGUUUGUGUGACCCUGGGUACGAUCCCAAUCAUUCGCUGCCCCAAAGGCAAUGCUGCCGAAGCAGUGGCCACUCGGUUGGACAAAAAGCUACGGGAGAACCUCCGCGAUGCCCGAAACUCGCUUUUUGUCAGUGAUGGGAUUCAGGCCGGACAAUAUAGCUUUUAUCGACCUCUGCUGGUGAUACUGGACCGUCAAUUCGAUUUGGCCACACCUCUUCAUCAUACCUGGACAUAUCAGGCUUUAGCUCACGACGUUUUAAACUAUUCUUUGAACAGGGUUCAAAUCACUGAGUCGACUCCCUCACCUAUGGGAGGGGCCCGUUCCAAAAGCAAAACCCGUUCAUGUGACUUGGACAGUAAGGACGCAUUCUGGGUGAAACACAAAGGAUCUCCGUUUCCUUUGGUGGCCGAGAAGAUCCAAGAGGAGUUGGAGGAUUAUCGAUCCAAAGAAGAGGACAUCAAGCUGAUGAAGAGUGAGAUGGGUAUGGAUGCCAUGGAGAACGACGCUGCCAUAGGCAUGCUCUCGGAUAACACACAGAAAUUGACCUCGGCUGUGAGCUCAUUGCCAGCAUUGUUAGAAAAGAAACGGCUAAUUGAUAUGCACACGUCGAUAGCCACGGCGAUUCUGGAGCAAAUCAAGCUAAGGAAGUUGGAUGUGUUUUUUGAAUUGGAGGAGAAGAUUCUCUCUCGACAAGUGACGGACAAGAGUUUGAAGGACAUCUUUGAAGAUACUGAGGCCGGAACGCCCGAGGAUAAACUCCGGAUUUUCCUUAUCUACUACCUAUGCGCGCAACAGGUUAACGAUCAAGAAAUCCGCGAGCUAGAAGACAUUCUAGAGGCUAAUGGGUGUGAUAUGGCCGGUGUAAAGUAUUUACAACGCUGGAAAUCGGUGACACGGAUGAGCCAGCAAACCGCAUCAGCUUCAGACUACAGUGGAGGAGGCACCAAGACUGUGAGCAUGUUCAGUAAACUCAUGACCCAAGGGUCCAGUUUUGUCAUGGAGGGAGUCAAGAACCUGGUGGUGAAGAAGCAUAAUCUUCCGGUAACGAAAAUCGUGGAGGAGCUUAUGGAGGUUCGACCCGGCCAACACCAAGACGAUUUUAGAUAUUUUGAUCCAAAAAUCCUCAGACCUACCGAUAACAUUCCUAGGGCCAAGAAUCCAUUCCAGGAAGCGAUUGUGUUUAUGGUAGGUGGAGGCAACUACAUCGAGUACCAGAAUCUAAUGGACUACACACAGCAGGCCAAGUCCGGCGUGAACUUGUCUUCCGUUGGACAGCAGUCCAUGAGCUCCCAUGGGAAACGGAUCAUUUAUGGAUGCUCAACCUUAGUCAAUGCCAAGCAAAUGAUGCAGCAACUAGCUGAACUUGGCCACGAGAUGACUUAGGACUCGUUUGUUGCGAGAGGAGAGGUUUCGUGCUUCUGUGAUGUAUUUUUACGAUUACAUUUGGUUUUGGUUUUUAUCCCCUUACCUUCAGCGUCUACCUACGAUGGUUCAUGAAUAAAUUACGGAAUGAGUGAUGA